AUGUCUUAUGAUGAAAAUCAAUCAGUUAACGCUGCAAUUAUUAGAGCAAUUGCAUUAAUGGAUUAUAAUAUUUGUAAUAAUAUACACAAACAAUUUGAAUUUGUGCGACAAACACUUCUUGAUGAUAAUUCACUUACAGAAAAUGAAAAAUAUGAAGCAAAAUUAAUAUACACUAAAGUUUAUGAUUCUUAUAAAAUUAUGAAUAAUGAUGGAUCAAAAAGAAUUUGUGAUAAUUGUAAUCAAGAAUGUUUAGCUACAUUAUACUGUGAACUUUGUAUUCGAAAUUAUUUAAAAACAAAAUUUUCAAAUUGGACAUCUGGAAAUGUCAAUAUUGAUAAUUUAAUAAAAGAAUGUCAAAUGGAAACAUUAAAACCAAAUAAGAUAAUGGAAUGGAUUCCGUAUAAUAAUUUAAAAAAUAUUAAAUAUUUAACAAAAGGUGGAUUUUCAGAAAUUUAUACAGCAAUCUGGAUGGAUGGUGCUCAAAAAUUAGAAAAUGUUAAUAAUGCAAGCCAAAGUUGGCUUGAAGAGGCUAAAUCCCAUUUAACCCUGAGCACUAAAUACCCAAAUAUUGUUCAAUGUUAUGGUUUAACACAAGAUCCAUCAAAUGGAAAUUAUAUGCUUGUAAUGAAUGAAAUGGAUACAAAUUUAAGAAAAUAUUUACAACAAAAUCAUAGACAACUUACAUGGAAAGAAAGAAUUCAAAUUGCUGUUAAUGUAAUUAAAUCAGUUAGAAUAAUUCAUAAAGAAAAUGCAAUUCAUAGAGAUUUGCAUUCUGGAAAUAUAUUAUUUAAAACUAGAUUUUAUAUUAGUGAUCUUGGAUUUUAUGGACCUGCAGAUAAACCAUUAAAAAGUAUAUAUGGAAAUCUUCCUUAUGUAGCACCUGAGGCUAUUAUUGGAAAAGAACAGACUUUUAAAUCUGAUAUUUAUAGUAUCGCAAUGCUUAUGUGGGAAAUUUCAUCUGGACAACCACCAUUUAUUAAUUAUGAUAAUGAUUAUGAUCUUGCAAUGAAUAUUGUUAAUGGUAUAAGACCAAAAAUUGAACCGGGAACUCCUUCAGAAUAUAAAAAUUUAAUGAAACAAUGUUGGGAUGCUGAUCCAUCAAACAGACCUGAUAUUAAUACACUUCGGAAAAAAAUAAAUGAAAUUAAUUUAUUUUAUCAAAAAGAAUUAGAUGAACUAUUAACUCAACCAGAAGAAAAUAAUAGUUUCGAAAUAGAACAUCAUACUAGCAGGGAAUUAGAGGGUAUGAAUUAUUUUUAA